GCGAUGACGAGCGCCCUAGCGGGCGACGGUCUCCGUCGCAGAAAGGUCAUACACGCGGCCAAGGAGACCCUCGACAAGGCAUCUCGUCUUCUGAGACGAAAAAUACCAUGUACAGGCCAUCUGAUGACCCCCCGCCGCCUAUGGAUCCAAAAGGUUCCUACACAGGAAUGCGACGUGGUCAUGAUGUUCCCCAGCGGGGCGAACGACGAGACCCUGAUGUGGCUUCUAGGACGGCUUCGGGCUGGAACCCCGGGGCUGGUAGUUCACGUGCGACAUCACACCUCGUCGGACAGUUACGGGUUUUACAUUACAGCACCAUUUAGCGUUCUGCUCAAGGUCGCCGAAGAAGUGCAUCUACCCAAGACUCUGCGGCAGGAGUUCGGCGGUGGACUCAAGGAGUUCGUCGGCUCGGAGGCCAACUGCUUCGAGGGCAGCGACGACGAGAUUCGCUUCUUCACAACCCAGGAGAGACAAUCCCUGGUGCUCCAUCUGCUACACACACUGAGGGCCGGUUCGCACGAUCUCCACAGUCUGCCUGGUCUCAAGCUGGUAGAGGGACAGGCGAUUAUUCCAAAGUGCAUUUCGUCCGGUAUUAUUUCUCAGGUCUUCCCUCUUCACGAACUACCCGCCUUAGAAAAACUGCAGCGAACCUGGGUCCGCGCGUUCCUCAGCCCGCAACCCCUGGACGACAUUUGUAAAUACUUCGGGGUGAAGAUCACCAUGUACUUCGCCUGGCUCGGCCACUACACCACCGCUCUGAUCGUUCCGGCGGCAGUGGGUGCCAUAUACUGGGUCGGCAUCAUCGGCAGGAACCAAGCGGUGGAGGACGUGGCGUACGUUCUGUUCUCGGUGUUCAACGUGAUAUGGGCCACCGUUUAUUUGGAAACGUGGAAACGCAGAGGCGCGGAACUGGCGUACAGGUGGGGCACUUUGGAUCAGAGGGACGAUUUAUUGGUCGAGCCUAGACCUCUAUUUACAGGAACUCUGGAGAUCUCGCCGGUGACGGGCAGACUGGAGCCGACUUAUCCCAGAUGGCGACGUAACAUGUUUCGAUACUUCGUGAGCGUGCCUAUCAUCGCAAUUUGUUUACUCUUCGUCUUCAUCGUCAUGAUUCUGAGCUUUCAGAUACAGGACUGGUGGGACGCGCAUCUUGAGUCCGGAGGUUACGGCUUCUGGCUCAGCUACGUGCCAAAGGUGCUGCUCGCGGUGGUGAUCGCGCUGAUGGACGAGGCGUACUUCAAGGUGGCUGUGUGGUUGAACGACUUGGAAAACUAUCGACUAGACACCGAGUACGAGAAUCAUCUGAUCUACAAAGUGGCACUGUUUCAAUUCGUCAACUCUUUCCUGUCGCUGUUUUACAUUGCCUUUUAUCUUCAAGAUCAGGAAAGGCUCAAGGAGCAACUGGCGGCUCUGCUGAUAGCACGCCAGGUGAUCGGCAAUCUGAAGGAGUCCGCGGUGCCGUACGUGAUCGAGCAGCUGCGGCUGGCGCGACUCAGCUUCGAGCUGUUCGGGGCUCUGAGUCCCAGCGAGGCGCGACAGCCGCCCGGCCAGGAGGCCGAGGAGAACGCGCAGAAGAACGGUAAGGACGGCGAGGACACGGAACGGAAGGAGGAACAGCGGCCGGACAGCGGCAAGACAAAGCCGCCGCGAAGCGUCAGCCAGGCAGAACUGGAGAGUUCCCUCUACAGAGUAGGGCAUCAUAAUUCACUACUUAGUGACGUUACGUUCAAGGUACCCAUCAGGAAGUAUGACGGAGCGUUUUCAGAGCACUUGGAAAUGCUGUCGCAACUUGGCUAUGUCUGUCUGUUCUCCUCAGCGUUUCCGUUGGCCGCGAUGGCCGCUCUACUUGGGAAUCUGCUCGAAUUACGCGGGGACGCGUUCAAAUUGUGUUUCGUGCUUCAACGACCUUUCGGGCGUAGGGUCUCGAAUAUUGGCACGUGGCAAAACGCCAUGGAGGCGAUGGGCCUGGUUGCCAUUCUAGUGAACUGCGCCCUGAUCGGCCUGAGCGGGCAGGUGCAACGGAUGUUCCCGGAAAUGUCGGCGACCCAAACGAUCUUGCUGAUCGUCGCGCUGGAGCACAUAAUGUUUGCUAUUCGAUUCGUGAUUAUUUGUGCGAUUCCCGACAUACCUCACUGGGUCGCCACCGAGAUGGCCAAGGUGGAAUUCUUGAGACGCGAGGCGGUCCGAAGAUUAUCCUCGACCCCGUCGCCGGAACAACAACCGACAACAGUGAUAGGGAGAUUCGUGGUGAGUCCAGCAGACGGAGAGAGCGAAGAGCAGCAUCUGCUCACCGACCGCACCGGUUACGCGACCACGUCCAGUCAGGCGGAGAGUCCGACUAUGGCGUCGAUCACCACGCGAACACCCAGCGGCCCGACAACGCCCAGCGCCGCAUCGGUGCCAAGGAUCGCGGAAACCCCACCUCCGGCCGUAACCCCCGGCAGCGGCGGAAGCAGCAGCGAGACCAGUCCGUUUUCGCCCGAAAACAUUUCCACUCGGGACAUCCGCAACUCGCCGAGAUGCUCCAUUCCCGGCGGCGAAAAAGUAGGAAGACGCUCGAGGGACUGGUUGGGCAACGAAUCGGAAGCGUCGGGUGGCGAUCAGUACGGUCACCAUUUGACCAUCGGACCGCACGGCGGCAUCGACUGGGCGUGUCGACUGGGUCUCGAAUCCGGCGGACGAAAAUCGAGCGACUCCGAAAUCACGGGCGCCGGUGUCGUGAACGUGCGGGAGGAGGAAUUGCCCUUGCACAGGUCGACCGACUGCAUCGUCUCCAAAGAACUCGCUUCGUCCUCGGACAGCGAUCUUCUUAGGUCAGCGCCGCCGUGGUCCAUGGCUCACAGGAGUCAGAAGUUCCGCUUCUCGCCGGAAAAGGAGAAGGAGCGCGAGAGGAUAGACAAACAGCAAUAUCAGCAGCCGCAGCCGCAGCAGCAGCAGCAGCAGCAGCAGCAGCAGCAUCACCAGCAACAGUCUCAUCAUCAUUAUCAGCGGGAAACGCAGGAUCACCGCGCGAGCGAGCGACAGUCCUACCUCGCGGAGAAGGAGAAAGACUCGAGCGGUCUGUCGGACUCCAGCAAGACGAUCUCGAGCCAGGAGGAGGAGACGAAACCGACGAAGGAGGAUCGGGAGGCGAAGAAGACGCGGGUAAAGCAGAGCCUGAUGAAGCGAGCGCGCUCGGUGGCGAUCUUCUCGCUGAAGCUGAAGGAACGCCGCGCCCGGGAAGCCGAGCUCAAGGCCAAGGAAGCCGAACGGGAGGCCAGGUGGCAGCAGCCGCAGUCGUGCGUGGGAGGCGAGCUCUCGUGCAUUCCGAUAGAAAAGCUUAUCUCCGUGGAUGACAUCGCGGCCAUGGAAAUGCGCCGAAUGAAUCAUUAGCCGCUUUUGAUCUUCUCACAUUUUUGUUUUCUCGCUACUUAGAGAGAGAGAGAGAGAGAAAGAGAGAGAGAGAGAGAGAGAGAGAGAGAGUUGUGACGGGUACGAGCAAAGCGCGCGAGCGGACGAGAGAAAAGGCGCACAACUUUACGAAUUCGUCACUGAAAUUCGUAGAACACGACCGUACUUUCCAAUAUUUAAAUUCAGAGCAUCGAACCACACCAAUUCAGUUUCGGGCAAACGCGACGAAACAUUUCCGGUUGAUGUUUCUGUAAGAAUUGAAAAAAAAAAAAAUCCCCAACACACCGUCUUUUGCUGUUUGUUUUGGCUGAUGUAACAAAAAACUUGAAGGUUAAAAAGGAAAGGUACAUACGCAAGAGUUGUCGGGAUAAUUUUACAGAUUGGAAAAAUUUCACUUAUACUGACAAACACAAAUCCGACGUUGAUCUCACGGAAAAUUGUACAUGUUAUAUUAUUCAAUUUUUUCCAAAAUCUGGUUUCAAUUCGAUGCUCUGCAGAGUGUCACCACUUAGUUUAGGUCGCCCGACGUCGUGAUCCGUCAUUUGUGCCGUCAGUGAAAUUGAAAACUGAUUCACUGCUCCUGAAGAAUUCGAAUAACGCGGUCCGCGAUAUAUUAUCGCGAGGGAAAGAAAAUCGGCGACAUAUUUUGGGUGUUCGCCGAAUUUUCUUGAAAAAAAAAAAAAUCGAAUCCGUGAUACACCGCAGAGCAAAGCAAAAAAAUCCAGCUCUCGGGAGCCGGAUCGACGAACGUCGGCGCGAAACUCAACGAAGAGACCGGAGAAGGGAAAAAUCUUGUUGUUGUUGCGGUAUUUGUUAAUUAAUCUAUAAAGUUCUAGGCGUAUAUAUAAAAAAAAAAAAAUAUAUAUAUAUACAUAUUAAUGGGUUAACGAACUUUUUGCUAAAUAGAUCUCUACGAAGGCAUAUCACAUAACAGUUUUGUCGAUAAAAAAAAAAAAGAAAGAAAAAAAACAACAAACACACCACCACCACCACCGCCACCAAUCUUCCCGACACACUUCUCGUGUUGUUCUCGUAUUAUAUAAGAGGAUCGUUUCCAUCGGCGAGACGAGACGGAAUCGAAAAAAUAGAGCGCAAAAAAAUAAACUAUCUAUAUAUAACAUAAUACCGGCACAUCGCGUUGCUCUUCGUCCAGAAAAAAAAAAAAAAAAAAAAAAACGAAAAUACAAAGGAAAUUUAGCAAACAAAAAAACCGUUUUUUGUAUAUAGCGAGGAAAAAGUGUUGUUAUAUACGCAGAUUGUGUAAAAUCGGUUUCCAUGGCCUAGCCUCACACGUCCCCGUCCGCGGCUGAAACUUUAGCGCAGAGCGUUGAGUACCAUGUAGAAGAAAACAUACACACACAUUGUUUACACUUACAUACAUGCAUACACACACACACACACACACACAUUACAUCACAUUUUAUUACAUUUACCGAUAUUGUUAGCGUUAGUAUAAAUUUAGAUUGCAUCUCUCCACAUUGAGCACCGUUGAGCAAAAGUACGUAGCGUGCCCUUCGGGAAUUUGCGAGAUUCGAGUGCAAUUUUAGAUGCGAAAAAAAAUCGAUAGAUUAGCCGCUUUUCGUAAAAAGGCAGGUCAGAACUUUAAUUCAAGCCGGAAGCAUCUGUGUGUUUGUUAGAUGUUUUGUAUAAAACAAGGAAAUAUUGAGCCAAUAAAAGUAUUCUACAAAAAAUAA